UUUCUCCGCUGCUGCCUAAUCGAUUCGAUCUACUACCCCACAUUCACGGCUUCGCGCUUAAACGUCCUGAACCAAGCCUCGUCGCGACGCCAACUUCAAAGAUUAUUGACAAACGCGAAAACACCAACUUCCCUUAUUGUCUUACUCUCCCGAUCCGUGUCUUAGAUUCUGUCAGUCUCAAGCCACACAAGCAGUACGAUGGCGCCUCCUUAUUACUCGGAUUCACCAGGCAUGCGUUCUCUUGCCAAUCUUGGCGAUCCUCGUGCACAAGCACUUGCCCGCCGACCUGGUCAAGGACUUGGAGGAAAGGGUCUACCUACCUCGAGUGGUGCAGGCAAGGAACGUAGCGGUCCAGGUGGUAGAGGCCUCGGAAAGACAUCUUCGAAGACUCACAAGCCAUUGAAGCGUAAUAGGAAGAUUAUCAAGGACACGAUUAUCGGCAUCACCAAGGGAGACAUCAAGCGACUUGCACGACGAGGAGGUGUUAAGAGAAUCUCGGGAACCAUCUAUAAUGGAAUCAGAGAGGCCAUGAAGGACCAUCUCGCCACGAUCCUCAAGGAUGUUACUGCAAUUGUCGAUUACCAAAACCGAAAGACUGUUACCGUCGGAGAUGUCGUCUUCGCAUUGAAGCGACUCGAUAGACCAAUUUACGGGUUCGGCGACGUUGCCUCCAGAUGCGACAGAUAAUGAGCCUACGAAACUACUUGCCACGUUGACCAUAGAUGACGAAUGACUGUACGAUUUAUACCAAACGAAACGGAAGGGCGAGUUCUUGACAUACUUUCUCCAAACAGCGGGGACUUGAUAUGGAGUAGAGGACAUGUGCUUUUUUUCUGAUACCUGGCUGGAGUUUAUGUUUGUGUCUAGGAGUUGGGGAUCUGGUGUUAUCAUGUUACGGAUAUUGUAUGUGUUAUGAAACAGUAUUGACUGCAGAAACUCUGCUCAACACUGAGCUAGAUAUUUGCAAACUGUCGGGGGAAAUGAUACCCUGAGCUGUAGCAUUAGAGGGAUGGAUUUCAUAAAUAAAAUGGA